AAACCCAAGCACUCUUGACUGCAUUCAGAGUACGAGCAACGAAGUCAUCACCUCGCUAUGGAAUUACUGAGGAAUAUCUCUCAACAGCCGACGAAUAGCAACAGGAUGUACGAGCCCAACCAACCCGGGUCCUGUGAACUGCGGAGAAAGAGAACUGAGGACCACGGUCAUGCACCUGCAGAGAUGUCGAAGAUUAUCACGGAUCCUGCCACCGGGAAAUGUUACUGCCGUGGGAAAGUUCUGGGAAAGGGAGGUUUCGCCAAGUGCUAUGAGAUGACCGACCUGUCCACGAGUAAAGUUUAUGCAGCGAAAAUUAUUCCCCACACGCGCGUCUCCAAACCGCACCAACGGGAAAAGAUUGACAGGGAAAUCGAGCUACACAGAGUUCUCCACCAUAAACACAUCGUGCACUUUUACCAUCAUUUCGAGGAUAAAGAUAACAUCUACAUCCUCCUAGAAUACUGCAGUAGAAGAUCUUUGGCACAUAUCCUGAAGGCACGCAAAGUGCUCACAGAGCCGGAAGUGCGAUACUACCUCCGUCAGAUCGUCUCAGGGCUGAAGUACCUGCAUGAACAAGAGAUCCUACACAGAGACCUCAAACUUGGUAACUUCUUUGUGAGUGAGACGAUGGAGCUGAAGGUGGGAGACUUUGGGCUGGCUGCCAAGCUAGAGCCUGCUGGGAACAGGAGGAAGACCAUCUGUGGGACACCCAACUACCUGUCCCCUGAGGUGCUCAACAAGCAGGGCCACGGCUGUGAGUCAGACGUCUGGGCCCUGGGUUGUGUCAUGUACACCAUGCUCCUGGGCAGACCCCCGUUCGAGACCACCAAUCUGAAGGAGACGUACAGGUGUAUCCGGGAGGCGCGUUACUCCCUGCCCUCCUCCCUGUCGCCCCAGGCCAAACAGCUCAUCUCCAGCCUCCUGGCCAAGACCCCGGAGGACAGACCUCACCUGGACCACAUACUGCGCCAUGACUUCUUCUCACAGGGUUUUGUGCCAGAGCGUCUUCCUGCUAGUUGCUGCCACUCCGCUCCAGAGUUCCACGUCUCCAGCCCUGCCAAGAGCUUCUUCAAGAAGGCAGCGGCUGCCCUCUUCGGCGGGAAGAGAGACAAGGUCAAAUACUACGAGACUCUGAAUAAACUCACCAAAGAGGAAGAGGAGAUCUACAAGCUUCGACAUGACCUGAAGAAGACGGUUAUCAGCCAGCAGCAGCAGAACAAACAGAUGACUGAGGAUGGAAGGCCACCGUCACCAUCUGCUGGGAGACCUGUCGCCCUGGCAACAGAGGGUCUGCCCCCGACGACGCGAGACACCAUCCGGCUUAUUGUCAGGGGCAGUCUGGGUAGCUGCAGCAGCAGUAGUGAAUGUCUUGAGGACAGCACCACUGGCAGUGUGGCUGAGACAAUCACCAGCGUUCUCAGAGGAUGCCUGGAAAACAUGCCCAAAGCGGAUGACAUCCCCAAAGGGACAGAGUGCAGUAACCUGCAGUGGGUCACUAAGUGGGUGGACUACUCCAACAAGUAUGGCUUUGGCUACCAGCUCUCAGACCACAUAGUGGGUGUUCUGUUCAACAACGGGACACACAUGAGCCUCCUCGCAGACAAGAAGACUGUCCACUACUAUGCUGAGUUGGGUCAGUGCUCUGUGUUCUCCACAUCUGACGUGCCUGAGCACUUCGUAGGUCAGGUGACCGUCCUCAAGUACUUCGCCCACUACAUGGAAGAGAACCUGAUGGAUGGUGGAGACCUAGUGAGCCAGCCAGACACGCACAUGCCCAGACUCUACUUGCUGCAGUGGCUCAAGUCUGACCGUGCCCUCAUGAUGCUCUUCAACGACGGCACGUUUCAGGUCAACUUCUACCACGACCACACCAAGAUCAUCCUGUGCACCCAGAGGGAGGAGUACAUGCUGACAUACAUCAACGAGGAGCGUGUGUCCUCCACCUUCAGACUGAGCUCCCUGCUCACCUCUGGCUGCCCCGCAGACCUGCGCCAACGCAUGGAGUACUCACUCAACAUGCUGCUGCAGCGCUGCAACUGAACCAGGAAGCAGCACCACGCGGGGAACCGUUUAUACAGCCGGACAGACUUCAACAUGCUACUGCAGCACUGAACCAGGAAGCAGCGGCAGGUGGUGGGACAGUGAAUGGGGUCGGACCUGUGUAAAGCAAUGGACUACUGAUUGGUAACCUUUGCAGAGUUGCAGCUGAAUCUGGAUGGAGAGGCUCUGGAAAGGACAGUGUAUUGAGCACAAUGACUUUGAACAAUAAAGGGCUGAUGUGUAUGUUGAUAAUCGGAGGAUAAGAUGACUGGAUGAUAUGUUAUGAUGAGGGGAUGGAGGUACGAAUGUGAAAACCAUCUGUUUUUGAGGAAGAGUGUGGAAGUGAAGAGGACAGUAACACUGGGCUGGAACCAGAUAAAACUGUAAUGUUAUUGUUAUUUUUCUAAUGAAAGUAGAACCAUAAGGGCUGAUGGAGGCUUCAAACUCGAUCCUGGGGCCCCCCCUGGGUAUACGUUUAGUUUUUUUUGUCCUAGCACUACACAGCUCAUUCAAAUAACCAAUUCAUCAUCAAGCUUUGAUUAUUUGAAUCAGCUGUGUAAUGCUAGGGCAAAAAAAACUAAAUGUGGCCCCAGGGGAGGCCCCAGGACCGAGUUUGGGAAACCCUACACUACAGGACUGUAAUGUACACAGCACUUCUGCAGAGGGAGGGGAGGCUGUGUGUGGGGAGAAACACUAGCUAACUUCAAACUGUGAUUCAUUCUCUGAGGACAGAUGGACAUGGCUGUUUUACUGUGAAGGAGGGGGAGAAUGAUGUUGAUCAUACAAGAAGAGCCAUUUCACUGUUAGACAUUGGUAAAAAAAAUAACUUAUUGUGUACAAAAGUGAAGUAUUUAAUAAAUAUACAACUUUUUCAAAAAAUA